GAAUCAGAAGAAGAGCUUGUUUCUUCCUUCUCUACAGAAUCAAGCAUCCAUCUCUUCAUCGAAAUGGCACGAACCAAGCAAACCGCUCGCAAGUCAACCGGAGGAAAGGCGCCGAGGAAGCAGCUGGCCACUAAAGCGGCCAGGAAAUCGGCUCCUGCGACCGGAGGUGUGAAGAAACCCCAUAGAUUCAGACCGGGAACGGUGGCCCUGCGAGAAAUCAGAAAGUAUCAGAAGAGCACUGAGCUUCUGAUACGAAAGCUUCCGUUUCAGAGGUUAGUGAGGGAAAUUGCUCAGGAUUUCAAGACCGAUCUUCGAUUCCAGAGCAGUGCGGUGGCUGCUUUGCAGGAGGCUGCUGAGGCAUACUUGGUUGGUCUCUUUGAGGACACCAAUCUCUGUGCCAUUCAUGCCAAGAGAGUUACUAUCAUGCCUAAAGAUAUUCAGCUCGCUCGUAGAAUUAGGGGUGAGAGGGCUUAGUCUCUCUGCGGUUGUUGCCGCCCUACCGUUUAUAAAUCGUAGUCCUGUUCUGGCCAUGCAUCGUACUUUUUAGUUUUUCUGGGACUGUAAUUAAGAUUCCAUCAUCUAUUGGAAAGAUAAUCUCGUUUUUUCUUUGGCUGUUAUUUCCUAGGAGUUGGUAUUAGACACGUUCAUCAUUGAUGCUUUUUUCAAAUGUGUAUUUAAUGACCAAGAUGAAACGGCUUCAGGACUUACAUCGUUU